AUGUGGAAUGAAGAGACUCAAGAGGUUAUAUUUAUUGACUUUGAGCGAGCCCAGUAUCAGAAUGUGCGGGCGCCGCUGGGCCUUUUCUCUCCUAAUCAGAAAUGGAAGCAAGAGUCUAAAAUGGCUAGUUUUAUCUUCAUUGGCAGCAUAUAUGAGCCAGCCCUGGCUAUGCCACUAGAUAACAUGCUGGCUU